GGAGGUCGUCAACUCAACUCACACUGUUGACGCCGCUUUGCUCUGAGCUUGUCUUGAACUUUGGCAGUCGUUUACGGUUGUUCCAUGCGGCGCGUUGUUUCAACCGCGCAACGAUCUCCGAGUGUAUCGCCUAUCGUCUAUCGUCUAUCGCUUAGUCAAAUUCCCGGUAAUUAAGAGCCACAAAGUGCAUAUUGUACUUACCCAGUCUCGACGUUGUUUUAGGCCUUCUUUUUUUCGAAUUCGCGUGUGUUCGUUAAAUAAAUGUAUUCCGAUUUAAUCGGUAGCCUAAGCUAUAACUAUCCUGGCCCAGAUACAAAUCUGAAACCCUAUUACGCUAACUUCGUGUGUGGCCAUUGUUGUGUUUAAGUGUGUGUGCUUCUACAUGUGUGUGUGUGUGGUGUAGAACAAAUAAAUAUGUGUCGCAAUUAUCUUGAGCUGUCAGUUCGUGGAUGAACUUCAGCGCGUCACAAGUGUCGACCCAAUUAAAAUAUUUGUACCACACACGAAAUUAUAAGCAAAAAAUUAACGAAAACGACAAAAAAAAAUAACAAAAAGCUUUCACCUAACAAAGCAAACGAGGCGAAAAUAAACUCGUUUUUUUUGGCGCUUUUACUACGACAAAAGACAUUAUAAAUUACAAUAUUUCUUAUGUACCAAACUAAACCGAACCAAACCGAAGUGAACGAAGCCAAAGCUAACCCCAACAGCAGCAACAUCAGCAGCAGCAACAGCAGCAACGCCGACAACAUCAACAACGCAUCGCAGCCGCAUUCAACAACUUGUUUAUUUCAAAACAUAUAAGUAUAUAUAACAAAAGGCAAAACCUGAAAGCGCGUAUAUCUUAUAAAUAGUGCGCUUUGUUUCGGCACCCCAACAACAACCACAACAACAUCGGCAACAACCUCAAGCAAACUGUCUUGACGUAGGUCAGGCGACUUCAACAAGAGCUCCGAAAAGCUGUCCCAGUAAAUAAACCACACACAAAACUAUGCGCUGAUUAAAGCUGCCGGCUAAAUUCAAGAUUCGAGAUUCAAGUUUGAGAUUGAGAUUGAACUUCAAGCAAAUACCUUAACAGUUACACCAGCAAUUGGCCGAUGGCUUAAGACUCGAUCUCUCUCUCUCUCUCAAAAGUUUUGAAUUCGCCAAAUCCAAAAUGAUCCAUUGGUCAUUGAUUGUAAGCGCCUUGGGCAUCAUCAUUGCCGGUUUGGGUGGCUAUUGUGGCUGGUCGCUGUUUCCCACAAUGAUUCACAAAAAGGUCGAACAGAGCGUCAUAAUUGCCGAUGGUUCUGAGCAGUAUAAAAGAUUCGUAAAUUUGCCUCAACCACUCAACUUUAAAGUCUACAUUUUCAAUGUGACAAAUCCCGAUAUGAUACAACACGGCGCCAUACCAAUAGUUGAAGAAAUCGGACCUUAUGUUUACAAACAAUAUCGUCAGAAGAAGGUGAAGCACUUCUCGAGAGAUGGAUCGAAGAUUACUUAUGUGCAGAAUGUGCACUUUGAUUUCGAUGAAGAUGCCUCAGCUCCUUAUAGACAAAGCGAUCACAUUGUGGCCCUCAACAUGCACAUGAAUGCCUUUUUGCAAGUAUUCGAAAGAGAAAUCACUGAUAUCUUACAGGGUUUUGCAAAUAGAUUGAACUCGCGUCUCAAUCGCACACCCGGCGUUCGUGUUUUAAAGCGUCUGAUGGAGCGCAUUCGAGGGAAACCACCCUUUAGCUGGGUUAACGGCAUCUUAAUCAGCCUUAUUGAAGAUGUCAAAUCUGUGCUACAAAUUGGCGAGAAUGAUCCUGGACUGGCUCUACUUCUGGUCCAUCUCAAUGCCAAUCUCAAGGCUGUCUUCAACGAUCCGCGCUCCAUGUUUGUCACCACCUCAGUUCGAGAAUAUCUCUUCGAUGGCGUCCGCUUCUGCAUUAAUCCUCAGGGAAUUGCCAAGGCCAUUUGCAAUCAGAUCAAGGAGAGCGGCUCGAAGACGAUUCGCGAACAGAGCGACGGCAGUUUGGCCUUCUCCUUCUUUGGACACAAAAAUGGUUCUGGCCACGAGGUUUACGAGGUGCACACUGGCAAAGGCGAUGCGAUGAAGGUGCUGGAGAUACAAAAACUAGACGAUUCACACAAUCUGCAAGUGUGGCUCAACAGCAGCAACGAAGGCGAGACCUCAGUGUGCAAUCAGAUCAAUGGAACAGACGCUUCUUCAUAUCCACCUUUUAGACAAAGAGGCGAUUCGAUGUACAUCUUUAGUGCGGACAUUUGUCGCUCUGUGCAGUUGUUCUAUCAGUCGGAUAUUCAGUAUCAGGGCAUACCCGGUUUCAGAUACUCGAUUGGGGAGAACUUUAUCAAUGAUAUUGGACCCGAACAUGAUAACGAAUGCUUCUGUGUGGACAAAUUGGCGAAUGUGAUCAAACGGAAGAACGGAUGUCUUUAUGCAGGCGCAUUGGAUCUGACAACCUGUUUGGAUGCGCCCGUCAUUCUGACGCUGCCUCACAUGCUUGGCGCCUCGAAUGAAUAUCGAAAGAUGAUCCGAGGCCUCAAGCCCGAUGCCAAGAAGCAUCAGACCUUUGUGGAUGUGCAAUCGUUAACGGGCACGCCAUUGCAAGGUGGCAAGCGAGUGCAGUUCAACAUGUUCUUGAAGAGUAUUAAUCGCAUAACGAUCACCGAGAAUCUCACAACGGUGUUGAUGCCAGCCAUUUGGGUCGAGGAGGGCAUUCAGCUGAAUGGCGAGAUGGUAAAGUUCUUCAAGAAGAAACUGAUCAACACGCUAAAGACCCUCGAUAUUGUCCACUGGGUUGGAUUAUGUGGAGGUCUAGGAAUCGCAGCCAUUAGCCUGAUCUACUAUAUAUAUCAGCGGGGCAGACAAGAAGACGAGGCGCCAGUGAAGUAAAAAGUCGAUGAAAGAGGAGGCUAAAGCAACUGUUAUGAAUGUAUUUUAUUAUUACUAAUUAUUAUUAUUAUUAUUAAUAUUAUUAUUGUUGUUGUAAUAAUCGAUGUAACAAUUUGCUCUAAUUGUCUACGAAUUUGUAAAUAAUUUAUUGUUUAAAUGUGA